GUCCCUGGCUGGGCUUUUUAGACCCACAAUGCUAUAAAUAAAGAAUUUUUCGCGUUCGCUUUUUCUUGUUUUUUCAUCUUUUCACACAACGUAACAACAUAAAACAUGGCUUUCACUGCAUCUGACAUCUGUAAAAUCAUCGUCGCCGUUGUCUUGCCUCCUCUUGGUGUCUUCUUCGAACGCGGCUGUACCGUGGAUCUUCUCAUCAACAUCGGUCUUACCUGCUUAGGUUAUAUUCCUGGUAUCAUUCACGCCCUCUACAUCAUUCUGAAGUAUUAGUAAAUUUUAUCUGUAAUCUAAUUCUAUCCAGUUUUGAGGAUGUUCAAAUCAACAUGGUCGAAACAACUUUAUCAUUAAACUUAAUAUAUAAGACGCUACGCGCAGGUUAUACCUUUUUAUCGAUGUCUCUAUUAUUCAUCUGUUCCGUUGGAAGCAACUGUG